UAGUCACAUGACACGGUCAGGAAGAAAUACAGACCGAGUGGUACUUGUUAUACAGCUUUUUAGUUUUUCUGAGACGUUUUUUACCAUCCACAUUCCUUGGUGGGCGUAAGAAGGACAUUUACAGAAACAUUUGUUGCCCUCGGAUAUGGUUCAUGUCAUAGCCAAAGCAUGCUGCAUUGUUAAUGGCUGAACUAUGAAGGCACAACUUCAAGUCACUGUUCUGUCGGCCAAACUGAAGGAGAACAAAAAGAACUGGUUUGGCCCCAGUCCGUACGUGGAGGUGGCUGUGGACGACCAAUCGAAGAAGACGGAGAAAUGCAACAACACCCACACCCCCAAAUGGAAGCAGUCACUCACAGUAAUUGUCACACCUUUCAGUAAGCUCAUUUUCCGGGUAUGGAGUCAUCAGACGCUGAAGGCCGACUUCCUAUUGGGCGUGGCCACAUUGGACAUGAGUGAAACCCUCAAGUCCAAUAAUAUGAAACUCUCUGAGGUGGUGCAGAUCUUACAGCUGUGUUCAGACCAGGACAACACAGAUGUGGUGGGAGACCUGUCCAUCUGUCUGGAUGGCGUGCAGGUGGACCCAGAGACCUUUGCCUCUGCAGAGAGAGACCAUGCAGCUACUGCUCCCAACAGGGACGUGAGGCAGAACGAAGAUGGAGGCAACAGGUCCAGCAGAGACACGUCACCUUCCAGUGACUCUACAGAGGACUGGGUGAUCAUCCCCAGUGGCCACGAGAUCAACUGCACGGGGUCUCCUGCCCCAUCCCCAGGGGGCACCAAGUCCACACGCCCCCCCAGACCUGCUCGUCCUCCUCCACCCACCCCUCGCAGACCAGCCGCCUCCCCAGCGUCCUCUAGCAGCUCCACUCCCAGCGACGUGAGCGAGCCCCCGGCUUCAGGCGGGGGCUCGCCCCCACAGGCAACCAGCGGACCGGAAGCCAUUGGGGCACCCCCAGCCGGAGGGCUCCCCCAACUCGGCCCUGUCAGCAACGGCCCACUGCCACCGGGCUGGGAGCAGAGGGUGGACCAGAAUGGGCGCAUGUAUUACGUGGAUCACAUUGAAAAGAGGACGUCAUGGAACCGACCCGAUUCUCUCCCCUCUGGGUGGGAGCGGCGAGUGGACCCAAUGGGCAGGGUGUACUUCGUGGACCACAUCAGCCGGACCACCACGUGGCAGCGCCCUACGCAGGAGUCGGUGCGUAACUUUGAGGAGUGGCAGCACCAGCGCAGCCAGCUGCAGGGGGCCAUGCAGCAGUUCAACCAGAGGUUCAUAUUCGGGCUCCAGGAUCAGCAAAUAGCCGCAGCAAACAAAGAGUUUGACCCGCUUGGGCCGCUGCCACAUGGCUGGGAGAAGCGAACAGACACCAACGGCAGGGUAUAUUUUGUUCACCACACAUCGCGGAUGACCCAGUGGGAGGACCCACGGACGCAAGGGCUGCUUAAUGACAAGCCUCUACCUGAAGGCUGGGAGAUGAGGUUCACUGUGGACGGCAUCCCCUACUUUGUGGACCACAACAGGAGAACCACCACCUACAUCGACCCUCGCACAGGCAAAUCCUCCCUUGAAAAUGGGCCUCAGAUCACCUACGUCAGGGACUUCAAAGCCAAAGUGCAGUACUUCAGGUUCUGGUGUCAGCAACUGUCAAUGCCACAGCACAUCAAGAUCACCGUCACCCGCAAAACCCUCUUUGAGGAUUCAUUCCAGCAAAUAAUGAGCUUUCAUCCACAAGAUCUCAGACGGAGGCUGUGGAUAAUAUUCCCUGGAGAGGAAGGCUUGGACUACGGAGGAGUAGCAAGGGAGUGGUUCUUCCUGCUGUCUCAUGAGGUGCUGAACCCCAUGUACUGCCUGUUUGAGUACGCUGGGAAGGAUAACUACUGUCUCCAGAUCAACCCUGCCUCUUACAUCAACCCCGACCACCUCAAAUACUUCAAGUUCAUCGGACGCUUCAUCGCCAUGUCCUUGUUCCACGGGAAGUUCAUCGAUACGGGAUUCUCCCUGCCCUUCUACAAGCGCAUCCUGAACAAGCCCCUGGCCCUAAAGGACCUGGAAUCCAUUGACACGGAAUUCUACAACUCCCUCAUCUGGAUCAAGGAUAACAACCUGGAGGAGUGUGGUCUGGAGAUGUUCUUCUCUGUGGACAAGGAGAUCCUGGGGGAGGUUACUACUCACGAGCUGAAGCCGGACGGAGGCAACGUACUGGUCACUGAGGAGAACAAAGAGGAAUACAUCAGGCUGGUGGCAGAGUGGAGGUUGUCCAGAGGUGUGGAGGAGCAGACCCAGGCCUUCUUCGAGGGCUUCAACGAGGUCCUCCCCCAGCAGUACCUGCAGUACUUUGACGCUAAGGAACUGGAGGUGAUGCUGUGUGGCAUGCAGGAGAUAGACCUGGUGGACUGGCAGAGGCACACCAUCUACAGACACUAUGCUCGCAGCAGCAAGCAGAUCCUCUGGUUCUGGCAGUUUGUGAAGGAGAUGGACAACGAGAAACGCAUGAGGCUGCUACAGUUUGUCACUGGCACCUGUCGGCUCCCCAUGGGUGGCUUCGCUGACCUCAUGGGGAGUAAUGGACCACAGAAGUUCUGCAUAGAGAAGGUGGGCAAAGAGAACUGGCUUCCAAGAAGUCACACUUGCUUUAAUCGACUGGACCUGCCCCCCUACAAGAGCUACGAGCAACUGAAGGAGAAGCUGAUGUUUGCCAUCGAGGAAACUGAGGGCUUCGGACAGGAGUAGUAACACACGGCAGCCUAAAUGGCCACCAUGAGGAGCCAUUCUCCACGCACUUUGAUCUGUCUAGGUUUCAGGCAGCUGCACUUUUUCCCCCAGGUCCUGGCUCUCUUGAGAUGGACAGGCACUAACAGACGCGUCCCUUUCUGCCACGUUAUACAGACCCCCAAACCUGAGGUGGAAUCACUGUCUCCAUGGUGACGACCCUUCAUACUGAAUGAUUCCGCUUUCACCCCCUGACCUGUGUAACCCUGUUGAAGCUUGCCUUAUUCUGCCUAAUCAGACCACGUGUCCGGGAAGAGAGAGAGGAAGGGGAGGGGAUGUUCCCUCCCCAUGUCACAUCUGCCUGUCACCUCUUCACCACAGUAGUUAAUAAUCACGGAAGAUAUUCACGACAAUGUCAGCUGUUUCAUUUCUUCCCCUUCGUCUCCCUGAGACUGUUGAGUGUAUGAAUGAAUGCUAGAAUUGUGUGCUGCUGACUCUUUCAAAAAAGUCCCCUUGUCAAUUUGUGACAUUUUAGCGUGUUUUAGUUGAUUUAACACGUUGCUUUCCAGAUGAAAUAUUGAAUCUUAAGACAUUUACUUUGCUGGUACACCACGGUUGUGGUGGUAAGGGUUUUUGUGAAUGUCAUUAUGAAAAGCUUUAUUUUUGGCGUGCAAUAGUUUUACAGUCAGAUGUUUAUGCCCUUUAUAUAGAUAAACCAGACGUUCAUUAAUUACCUCAAUCCAAAGUUUUUGUUUAUAAAGUCAGUUGUAAUCAAAUCUACAUAUUGAUUUCAACCCUGAAUAUUGAAAAGGUUUUUAUUUAAAAAAUGUAUAGCCUGAAAUUGUUGUAGCAAAACAGGGUCGUAUUCAUAUUUCACCGAAUGGGAGAACAUUGAUCUUUUUUUAAAAACUUUGAAUGUUUUUGUGCCUUCUGACCAUGACCCUGGUUUGUUGUGUGAUUUGACCCUUUCUUUCCCAAACAGUCGGCAUUAGGACCGUACUUGUCUACAAUAAUAGCAUUGUUUUAAUUUUUAAGGCAAACCGAAUGAGUUACUAAUGACGUGGGAGUGUCAGCAGUGUGUCAAAAGUUAAUGUAAGGACAACCGAUAAGGAAAGAGUAAAUUUAGGAAUUAGAAAUAAGACAACUGCUUGUGAAAAUCACUCCCACUGAAAGGUAAACCUUUUUUUUGUUGUAUAGAGAAUUAUCAUCAACUCCAAGAUCUAAUGAUUAAGGACUAGUUUAAAUCAUAUCUGUGCUAGCUGACACCCGCAUAGCUGUUGUUUUGGUGGUGUCUGAGGUGGAACUGUGUUGGAGCUGUCAAAUCCACAAGCGGCUGAUGGGGUUUUACCUGAAGCAGACAUUGCCAUUGGAUGUCACAUUAACAGAAAUCCCAUGCAGCUGUGUUACAAUUCCCAAACACUGGCAUCUGUGAUGUAAUCUACACAUCGAUUAGGAUGAUAUAAAUCCUUAUUAUUUUGUUAAUUGAUUUUCAAUUUGAGCAUCAUUAUUUCUAUAUAGCCUAGACUUUCCUGUUCUGAGCUUCUAACACAGGUGGAAGGGGUGUGGCUUAGAGACCAUGUUAAAGAGCAGCUGCUCAAUGAUUUGACGUCAGAAUUGGCAAAAGGAGUUACCUCAGCGACUUUGAGGGUGGUAUGAUCCUCGGUGCCAUUCGUGCCGAUUGGGCUUUUCACGCACGACAGUGUCUAGGGUUUACAUAGAAUGGUGCGAUAAAGAACAUUAAGUCAGUGGCAGUCCUGUGGGCUAAACGGCUCGUUAAUAAGAGGCCCGAAGGAGAAUGGCAAGAAUUGUGCAAGCUAACAGGCCGGCCACAAACAGGCAAAUAAUGGCACAGAACGGCAUCUCGGAACUCGCAACUUGUCGGUCCUUGUCGCGGAUGGGCUAUUGCAGCCGACAACGGCACCGGGUUCCACUCCUAUCAGCUAAACACGAGAAGCGAUUACCAACACUGGACAAUUGAGGAGUGGAAAAACAUUGGCUGGUCCGAUGAAUCCCGGUUCCUUUUCCGUCAUGCUGAUAGCAGCCAGGAUUUGGCAUAAGCAGCAUGAGUUUAUGGCCCCAUCCUGCCUGGUGUCAACGGUACAGGCUGGUGGUGUAAUGUUGUGGGGAAUGUUUUUCAGGCACACCUUAGGUACCUUGAUACCAAUUGAGCAACGUUUGAACAUUUCCAACACCUUGUAGGAUCAAUUCCCCGGAGAAGUCAGGGUGUUCUGGUGGCAAAGAGGGGUCCAACCCGGUACUAGAUGGGUGUACCUAAUAAACUGGACGCUGAGUGCUUAUAUGUAUGUCCCAGGCCCAUAGCCCUAAGAAAUAUAUAUAGCGGCCCUAGUUUUAUAGGGUUCAGUUUUGUCAUUCUAGAUUUUUUACACAUCGCAAAAUGUUCCAUAACUUUUUCCUUCGUGUGACCUGAUGAACAUCACCAUGUUGAUUGGCAUUGAAUGAGAUCUACCACUUCUGACCUUUUGUGAACUCUGCUUCUCAGGCAUUUCUUCAACAUGCCUCUCGGUAGCAUUUCUUCGCAAGAACAGUGGCAGUAUAAUCAAGUUAGAUUAAAUAUAGCUUUCUUUCAAGAAAUGUUUAGGUCACAUAUGUGUAUUUGCAGUCAAAUCAAGCAUCCAAGUGACACACGUAAUAUCCUUGUCGUGAGUGACUGGUAUUUGAAUUCAUUUGACACCAAUUUACAUACAGUGCAUAUGGAAAGUAUUCAGACCCGUUCCCUUUUUCCACAUUUUCUAACAUUACAGCCUUAUUCUAAAAUGGUUUAAAUAAUAUUUUUCUCAUCUACACACAAUACCCCAUAAUGACAAAGCAAAAACUUUUUUAUUUAUUUUUUAUUUUAGCAAAUGUAUACAAAAAUUAUAAACGGAUACCUUAUUUACAUAAGUAUUCAGACACUUUGCUAUGACUCGGGAAUUGAGCUUGGCUAUAUCCGGUUUCCAUUGAUCAUCUUUGAGAUGUUUCAACAACUUGAUUGGAGUCCACCUGUGGUAAAAUUCAAUUGAUUUGACAUGGUUUGGUAAGAGACGCAACUGUCUAUAUAAGAUCCCAGAGUUGACAGUGGAUAUCAGAGCAAAAACCAAGCCAUGAGGUCAAAGGAAUUGUCUGUAGAGCCCUGAGACAGGAUUGUGCCUUGACACAUAUUUGGGGAAGGGUACCAAAAACAUUCUGCAGCAUUGAAGUUCCCCAAGAACAUAGUGGCCUCCAUCAUUCUUCAAUGGCAGAAGUUUGGAACCACCAAGACUCUUCCUGGAGCUGGCCGCCCAUCCAAACUGAGCAAUCGUGGGAGAAGGGAGGUGACCAAGAACCUGAUGGUCACUGACAGAGCUCCAGAGUUCUUCUGUGGAGAUGGCUGUCCUUCUGGAAGGUUCUUCUAUCUCUGCAGCACUCCACCAAUCAGGCCUUUAUCGUAGAGUGGCCAGAUGCAAGCCACUCUUCAGGAUUAGGGAAAGAAGAAUGCAGCAAAGUACAGAGAGAUCCUUGAUGAAAACCUACUCCAGAGUGCUCAGGACCUCAGAAUGGGGUCCAAGACAACGCAGGAGUGACUUGGGCACAAGUCUCUGAAUGAACUAACCAGAGCCUGGGUUUGAACCUGAUCGAACAUCUCUGGAGAGACUUUAAAAUAGCUGUGCAGCGACGCUCCCCAUCCUACCUGACCGCUUGAGAGGAUCUGCAGAGAAGAAUGGGGGGAACUCCCCAAAUACAGGUGUGCCAAGCGUAUAGCGUCAUACCCAAUAAGAUUUGAGGCUGUAAUCACUGCCAAAGGCGCUUCAACAAAGUACUGAGUAAAAGGUCUGAAUACUUAUGUAAAUGUUAUAUUUCCGGGGGGCGGGGUGUUGUAAAUUUAAAAAAAUGUCUAAACCAAUUUUUGCUUUGUCGUUAUGGGGUAUUGUGUGUAGAUUGAUGAAGGGGGAGAAAGCAAUUUAAUCCAUUUUAAAUGAAGGCUGUAACUUAACAAAAUUUGGAAAAAGUCAAGGGUCCUGAAUACUUUCCGAAUGACAAAAAUAGUGUUAACCCCAGCCUAGUGGCUGUCUUAGCUGUGAGUGUCUGGGUUGUUUUAGAAAGACUCCUUGAACUUCCAUUAAGAAACACAUUUUUCAUUUAAAAACAAAUAUUUUCAAAACGUCAUGUAUUGUGUGCCGUGGCUGUCUCGUCUCUGAUGCCACUUUAUAACUGGGUGUAAAGUCAGGGCGAUUCAACAUCCCAUUGCUUCACUGCAUCCUCAAGACUUCUUGACCACACACUCAUUCUGGCUCACCACCUCAUAGUGCACUGCCAUGAAGAGAUUGCUGUUAUUAACAAAUAACAAGUGAUAGCGCCUUACUCGGCUUAUUAACCACUUUAAAUUAUUGUUCUUUUUUAAAGUAUUGCCAUGUUCCCAGAUCAUAAAGGAAUCAAAUGUACAGAAAUGUGUUGGUGUUAACUAAUCAUGUUGAUAGUAUUUUUCAUUGUUAAAGCUCUCUAACAUUUUAAUAAAUGUGAGUUAAUGGUUGGAUACUAGUUAUUUUUUCUUAUGUGAAGAUGAAGGAUCUUUAUCAUGUAAAGAAAAAAAAAUCUAAAUAAACAAUGGGCAACUGGAACUUCAA